GAAAAAAUGGACAACCCAACCAUCACGACAGGAAGAUCAGGCAACCAUUUGUCUUUGCUACAAAAACUGGCCAUCAGUAUGGGUCAUGUAUUCAACGAUUUAUGUGCAGCAUUCUGGUUCACAUAUCUACUAAUUUAUAUGCAUUUCGUCAAUCAAUUUAAUAGUAAUACUUCGGGUACGCUUAUGUUGGUCGGUCAAGUUGCCGAUGGAUUGGCCACACCAUUCGUCGGUAUUGAAUGUGAUCGAAAAUUGGAUUGGUUUUUCUGUAAAUACGGACGUAGGAAAUGUUGGCAUUUGAUAGGAACAUUGUGUGUAUUUUUAUCAUUUCCAUUUCUAUUUAAUCAAUGUAUUGGCUGUGAAAAUUCGCCGGAACAUUCACAGAUAAUCUAUUAUGCUGCAUUUAUCACGAUAUUUCAAUUUGGUUGGGCAGCGGUCCAGAUUUCUCAUCUAUCACUGAUACCAGCAUCGACACCACAUUCAUCUGAACGUAUUGAAUUAAAUUCUUACCGUUAUGCAUUCACUGUGUUUGCAAACAUAACCGUUUAUAUACUCAUGUGGCUACUAUUGAAAACAAACGAUGAACAAAGUGGAUCACAAAUUAGUCCAAGUGAUGCAUCGACAUUUCGUAAUGUGGCUUUCAUCAUUAUUGGAAUGGGCACCGUAUUCACAUUGAUAUUUCAUGCUGGAACACGUGAACGAAACACUGAUAAUGAUGGUGAAGUAAUGGAUCAAGAACAACAACAACAACAACAGGUGGCAACAUUAUCGACCGAUUUGAGAGACGAAUGUCGUGUUACAGUAUGGCAUGGAUGGUUGAAAGAAAUUCGUUUCUAUAAAGUAGCAUUACUUUAUAUGGGAACACGUUUAACGAUCAAUCUGACGCAGGUUUACAUUCCAAAUUAUCUCCAAGAAAGUUUAUAUUUACCAAAAAAAAGUGUUGCUUACAUUCCGCUGGUCACUUAUACAAGUGGAUUUCUUUCAUCAUUUCUUAUGAAAUACAUUAAUCAAACAUUGGGCAAAAAGGUAACAUAUCUUAUUGGUGCAAUAUUAUCAUUGGGUGCUUGUACAUGGAUAUUUUUUGGUACCGACGAGAACUUUAAACAGUGGGGAAUAUUUGUUGUAUCUGUCAUCAUCGGUGCAUCAAAUUCUAUAAUGCUUAUCACUAGUCUUGGAAUAACAAAUGAUUUGAUUGGCAAAAAUACGGCAAGUGGAUCAUUCGUAUUUGGGGCAAUGAGUUUUGUCGAUAAAGUAUCUAAUGGAAUUGCGGUUUGGGUCAUUGAACAUUUCAAACCUUGCGCAACUUUUUCAUGUAUAUGCUGUGAUUAUUAUUAUCGUGACAUAUUGACAUUUGUUUGUGGUGGUGCUACAGCAUUGGCUAUUGCCAGUUUAGCUAUAAUGACAACGGAUAAAAAGAAAAAACGACCAAUUGUGGUGAAUGAAUAUCGAACGGCUACUGUUGUUGCUGCUGCUGCAACAAUCAUCACACCAGAUUCUACAUUGCUGUCUAAUCAUCAUGAAAAUAUCAUCAAUAAGGAUGAGUUGGAGGAUGAACAAACACCAUUACUCAAUCAUUCUUCUAAUUCUAUUUGCCAUUAAAUUCCAUUUUAUAUAUCUA